UCUAAUAAAUCUGGCCUCCGAAGUCACAGGUGAUGGUGGGCAAAAAUACUUAAAUCACAUUCCUGGCAAGAUUUGAAAUGCCUGGAAGUGAGUUUGAUAAUUAAUCAACUACCUGCUGCCAUCUCUUCAUCCUAUCAGAAUUCAUAAUUCUGUAAACCUGUAAUUCUGAUGUUCAUUGGCAUAUUGUUGAUGAAUGGCUUUGUGAUAAGCUAAGUGUCUUGCAGAAGUGUGACUACACUUGCAGAUGAAUCGGUGCAUCACAGUGGGAUAAAAUUUUGGAUAAUUAAAAAACGGUACUUUUGAAAACUGAGUGUCAGAUGUCUGUGCAUGAGCUCAUCAGUUCUAGUACCAUUAGCAGUUUUGGCUCGUCUUCUAAAUGAGGCUAAAUUAGGCUUCUAAAUCAUUGCUUUUAAAAAAUAUGCUCACUGAUGUGACUGUGUGCUUAUUUAAAAGAUUUGUCAGUGAACUCACUGAUAUCUCGAGAUUGUCAAUCUGUUAAGUGUAUACUUACUUUAAUUGUCUGCUGAUCUGCAGUUGACUCAUUGAGAUCUGUGUCACUCUGCUGCACUAAGCUACAAGCACUGUACUGCUGCUAUUGCAUUAGAAAAAGUCAGAGGAAUCCAGCUAUGUGUGUUUGUGAGAAAUGAAAUGUCCUGAAGAUCGAAUAGCAUUUUAAGGACACGCGUGGAGUUCUGUGCAGUUUGAGAUUAUGCGCUGUGAAUAUAGGCUAUCUCUCAUGCCAAUUUCAGUUCGCCCCUGUGUUAUCUGACAAAGAAAAGGGAAGAAUUUGCCACAGAACCUUCUUGGCUGUUGCCACCUUUUGCUGUGAUCUCUCUGCUUUCCACAUGGGGCAUUUGCAUGGCUAAAGUGUUUUUAAACGCGUUGAGCCGAGUGAAAAGUCAGGGAAAAGCCUGCGGGUCCUUGUGUUCUCCUCGUCUCAUGGCCUCCUCCUCCCUUGGGCUCCCCCCUCCUGUGCUCCACCCCUGCUGUCUGGUAGCAGUAAACGCACAGGAGGAGCGUGUCAUCCAAACAACCAGUCCUCCCAUGUUACUGUUGUACUUGUGAGCAGGUGUCCUGGUAAAAGUGAAAUUGUGCACGUCUAUGCACGUUUGUUAGAAGUAGGCUAUAUUCUCAAAUCAUGCUCAACAAAACAGUUUUAAAAGCUUUUUAAAAAAAAAAUUAUUUUGGGAAAAAAAAACAUUUUAGCAUUAAAAAUAUCGGCAUAGUUUUUUCUUAUCCUUUGAAAGCCAAAAGACUUAGUUUGGUAAAAGAAAGAACACACCUUUCAAUAAAUUUAACUUGUCUGCUGUGAGUGGAUUGGGGGGGAUUUUAAUAAGAAUAAGGAGAACACUUUGGGGUAAUCUGCAGAUCGGUGGGUCCGAUAGGUAUCUGUCAGAUCAAUAGCCAGCCGCAGAUGUGUUGGGAUUGGGGCAACGGAAUGGAUAUGUGUCUUAUGGUUACCUAAAGGACGGUGGGAUAUGAGGACAGGGGAAAUUUGAGGCGCAGGUGUAUUUGACAGAGGAAAGGCCUUGAAGCGUGGAGAUCGGCGAGAGCGUGAGAGGGGAGGACGUCUACAUCGUUCAGAGCGGCUGCGGCGAGAUCAACGACAACCUGAUGGAGCUGCUGAUCAUGAUCAACGCCUGCAAGAUCGCCUCGGCCUCCCGCGUGACCGCCGUCAUCCCCUGCUUCCCCUACGCCCGCCAGGACAAGAAGGACAAGGUGGGGAGUCGAGCGCCCAUCUCCGCCAAGCUGGUGGCCAACAUGCUGUCUGUGUCCGGAGCCGAUCACAUCAUCACCAUGGACCUGCAUGCCUCCCAGAUUCAGGGUUUCUUUGACAUCCCGGUGGACAAUUUGUACGCAGAGCCCGCUGUGCUCAAGUGGAUUAAGGAGAACAUUCUGGAAUGGAAGAACUGCACCAUCGUGUCCCCGGAUGCUGGAGGAGCCAAGAGAGUCACCUCCAUCGCCGACCGCCUGAAUGUCGACUUCGCCCUCAUCCACAAGGAGAGGAAGAAGGCUAACGAGGUUGACCGCAUGGUCCUUGUGGGGGACGUGAAGGACCGAGUUGCCAUUUUAGUCGAUGACAUGGCUGACACCUGCGGCACCAUCUGCCAUGCAGCUGACAAGCUUUUAUCGGCUGGAGCCACCAAAGUGUACGCCAUCCUCACCCACGGCAUCUUCUCUGGACCGGCCAUCUCCCGCAUCAACAACGCCUGCUUCGAGGCUGUGGUCGUCACCAACACCAUCCCACAGGAGGAGAAGAUGAAGCACUGUCCUAAAAUACAGGUGAUUGACAUCUCCAUGAUCCUGGCCGAGGCCAUCCGCAGGACUCACAAUGGCGAGUCUGUCUCCUAUCUCUUCAGCCACGUACCCUUGUAACAAUUCCCUCUCCAGCAGAGAGGCCCCGCCCCACCCUGCCCCCUGCUGCUCUACUGAAAGAGGACUUGCCCCUAACAAUGCCAUUUCUGCUUCCUCUCUUCCUCUCCACCCACCUCCUCCCACCCUGGUUUAAACCUUUACCAUGCCUGAGGUUCCAGAAGUUUAGAAGCCAUUGUGAACCCCCCCCCGCCCCUCCUCCCAUCCUGGUUCUAUCUGUGGUAUCUCCCUCCCCCACUACUAGAAUUUGGGACUUUAAAUCUCCCCCACUGCCACCAUAUCACCAUAUCCCAUGGUCAUAUUGUGUUACAUUGAAGGUCAACUUGCUUUAAUGUUGAUUUCUGUUGUCUAGAAUUUUUCUUUGCGUGUGUCUUUCAGUUUGUUCUAAAGGCAGUGCUCAGCAGCAUGGCGCAAGAAUGAGCUGUGGUUUACAGUACUGCUGAAGGCCAGUUAGACAGGUAGUGCUUGCCUUGAGGACAUGGAUCAAAGCAGAGAGGGUUUGCUUUUGAGAUCUCUGCCAUCCUGUGUCUCUGAAUCUGGGGGGUUUCGCUCAGGGUCUUUGCAGGCUGGAGCUUCCUUUAAAAAAAAAAAAAAAAAGGCCAUAUCUGCUGUUUUUAUGACAUUUUUUUAAUGAACUUCAUUAUGAACGUUUUUUUAAGGAGUGACUUUAGUUUGGUUUUUUUAUUUUUAAUCAAGUCAUGCAUGUGUUACAUUCAGGCUGUUGCUAGUCUGUAUCUGUUAGUUACUGCAAAGUGUACCGUGUUAGACCUCAGGAAGGCGUUCAGUAGUCAGUAUUCUAGCUGUCCCUAUGCUAGUCUUGCUUGAUUCCAAUCCGUGUCAUAGCUUUUGUUUUAUUGUUUUUGAUUUUUAAGUGCAUGAUAUGAUACUGUGACAUUAAAUCAAAUGUUCAAAAGCAUCUCUUAAUGGCUUGUCCUUUCUGUGGUACAACAUGACAAUCCAACACAUGUGGCACUAUUGGGAAAAGUUCCACUCCAGCGUAUUGUGAAGAACAAACAAUAUGAAAUGGAAAAAGAUGACCCUAAACAUACAAAGCCUGAUAUUUUGUGGUACCCUCCAUCAGUGAUCUGUCCUCAAAGCUGUACUAAUGCACAGGAAGAUGAUGUGGAACCGAUCACAGAGAGGACUGCUACAGCAGAAUACACAUGCCAUUGGAAAGCUCCAGGAGUUACCUUAAUCUUUCAUGUUCUUUCUUUCCCUCCCUCUCUCUGCUUCUCUAGUUCUCUGGUUAAGUGUACACUGAACUUGUAGAAGCUGCUGUAGAGACGCCUGCGGUGAAAACAAAGAUGCCUUAAUGAAUCAGAUGUGCGGAACUGUGAAACUGUGACCUCCUGAAAUUUAGUAGGUUGGAGGGGGGAGGCUCCCAGUGUACCUCUGCCUCCCUGACCUGAGAAUGUACUACCUGUGAAAAUGGAAUAAUAAAGUGAUCUCUAGUGUCAAA